UAUCAUGGGUUGUGCUCCUUCUUCUGAUAGUCCUGAUCAUGCAUCAUUUGAACAUCAUGAACAGCAGUAUUUUAGGAGUGAAGUACACACAUGGAGCCAUCAAGAAACGCAUUUUCACCAGAGUACACACCAACAACACACUUCUUCUCACCAGAAUACACAACAAGAGCAACAAUAUUCACCAAAAAAAUUACAAACACCAAUCGAGUAUAAAUCAGCACCUGUGCAAAUCGUGACUGCUAAACACAAAAGUGGUGAUAAAAAUGGGCCAACUGGAGUUAAAAGCAGGAAAACCAAAAGUGUUGUUGAUUUUAACCAUACUAACGAUAUGAUAUUGCCUGCACUGCCAGACUUCAAGGGAACCGAGUAUGUACCAACAGACAUUGGAACACAUGAACUGUUCUUAGAUUUUCGGACAUCGUCUGUCGAUUUUCCCACAUAUGCCCCUCCUCAACCGGACGGAGAUCUGUAUACUGACUACGAUUUUACUGUGGAUAUUGCUUUUCCUAAAAACUCAGAUUUGGAAUGGAAAAGACCUAUGGAAGUCGCAGAAGACCCUGUUCUCUUUUCAGACGGCGCAACUCGAUUUGACAUUGGACAAGGUGAAGUCGGCACUUGUUGGUUUAUGGCUAUGGUAGCCAACAUUGCAGACAAACCAAGAUUGUUACGAAGGGUAAUACCGAGCGAUGCUUACAAAAUAGGAUCGGACAAUUAUGAUGGGAUUUGUCACUGUCGGUUCUGGAGAUUUGGUUUUUGGCAUGAUACCUAUAUUGAUGACUUUCUACCCAUUACGGAUGAAACAAAAAUAUUUGGGGCUCACUCUGCAACAGAUCCGAAUGAGAUGUGGGUGGGUCUCCUGGAAAAGGCUUUCGCGAAAUUAUAUGGAUCGUACGACGAAAUAACCGAGGGGUUAAUAGCUGAUUCCUACUUGAACUUAACAGGAGGAGUUGCGGAGAGGAUCGACUUUUCGACGAAAAAGAUUUCCCCAAAACGAUUAUUCCAAAGGUUAUACAAUGCCUUCCAAUGCCCUACUACUAUGGCUGGAUGUAUAUGUCCGCAUGAAAGCGAUGGUAAACGUGGAUUGGUAGGAGGUCAUGCUUACUCCAUAAACGGAGCUUUUAUUGUGGGUGAAGCCAAUUUAUUAAGAUUAAGAAAUCCCUGGGGCAACGGUGAAUGGAACGGCCCAUGGAGUGACAAGAGUCCUAAAUGGAAAACUGCCCCAUCAGACUGUGUCCCACACCCUUCAAAAGACGACGGAGAAUUUUAUAUGGAUAUAAAUGAUUUUCUGCGAUACUUUGAAGAUUGUACCAUUUGUAAUCUAACACCGGAUUUUGACAGAGAUGGAUUUCCUGAUAUGUUAAACUACGUUACGUGUAUAUAUGGAAACUGGCGAGAUGGAAAGAAUGGUGGAUUUGAACAACGAACAAAGAAUCCAUUUUACAGUGUUACACUCGGCGAUGAAGCAAUGAACGAUGAAGGUAAAGUUUCCCUUGUUGUUCAGAUAGUACAAAGAACAUUGGAGAGCAGGAAUGAUAUUACUGAAGUCAGAUGCGAUCUAUUCAAGGUUCUCGGCAAAAAGGAAGAAUGUGUUUCCCUGGAACUGUUAGGUGACAAGUCUAAUGUAUACAUGCCAAGUGUACAAAUACUAUACAGAUUUCUGGUUGAACCAGGUUCAUAUGUGGCUAUACCCUCGACAUUGGAAGCUGGAUACGAAAAAGAGUUCCUGAUCAGAUUUUUUACCGCUGCUCCAGUGUCAAAUCCUCAUGAACUAGACAACAUUACAAUAAUGACAGGAAACGGAAGAAAUGGCGACAAACCAGGUGGAAAUUCACGUUUUAAAUGUACCAAAUGCUCAUUUGGUGCAUUCAAAAGUGGUGUUAAUGCUGGUGGAACAAUAGAGAGUGACAAGUUUGCAAAUAAUCCCCAGUAUAAACUGAAAGUCAAAAACGAACAAACAUUUAGGGUUGAAGUAAUGCAACCAGAAAAGGAAAAUGGCUUUGGACUUGGUAUCAAACUCUUUAGAGCUCCUAAAGCUAUUUUUCCUGCUAAUAACGACUGGCUAAAUGACAACUACAGCAAAACUUUGAGAGACAGUGAAGGUGGUGAUGGCCCUUACCAAUUGGGAACUUCUGUAGACACUUGUUACACAGUAAAGCCGGGAACAUAUGUACUACUUAUUCACUGUGAUAGUGAAGCGGAUGAAAACGAAUUUUCUGUUGCAAUUUAUUCAGAAUGUCCAGUUGAAGUGGAAUCAGCACACGUAUAAAUGUUUAAACAAAUAUAUCUAAAUUCUGAGAUAAAUACUGAAAUGAAGGGAUAUUGUGGAACGUGGAAAUAGGAACUUUAUAGACAUGCAUAAUAAAAUAGAACAAAGAAACUGUCUUCCUGUUCUCAUACAGUGGUAUCAUCACCAAAAACAGAUUGAUAACCAGGUUGCCUCUUUUUAUAAUUUAGAUUUACAAUUACCACAUGAUAUUGUUUGAAUGUAAAAUAUGCAUUUUGUAUCCGGUUGUGGUUUCCAGCUAUCAUAGAUUUUUAUACGACAAUUUAUGAACUAAAAAAGUCUAGUAUUUCAUAGUUGACUUAUAUGUGACUUUUUUUUUACAUGUUAUUUGUUCGAAUA